CGACCCGGUGACACCGGUUGGGUUCCAGCGCAGAGGAGACAAGUGUCACCAAACAGGAGGGUUGGAUCUGGAUCAGGUUUUGCCGUAACGCAGAGAAACACAACGUCAUGCGGCAAAGCACUGCAUCGGCCAAUCAGCUACAUUAGAAUAUCUUCAACCCUCUGAUAAGCUCACGUUCACCUGACUUCCUGGAUCAUUGGUCAGUGAUAUCUGAAGGGACGCAGCCACAGCCCCUUGCCUUGUUCCGAUGCAGGGCUGACCUCGGUGUGACCGCCCUCUAAUGGGGGCCUCUCGAUGGUGCAGCUCAUCGCCUCCUUCCUGUGCUUCUCUCGUGGGAACACUGUGCCUCCUGUCCUCCGUCAUGCCUGCGUCCACCUGCCCUCAGACCUGUCACUGCACGGACAGGAACGGCGUGGUGGUGCAGUGCACCUCCCGCAACCUGGAGAGCAUCCCGCCCAACCUCCCCCCCGACACUGUGGUUCUCCUGCUCUCCUCAAACCGCAUCAAACACGUCACGAAGGAGGCGUUCACAGACCUCCGCCGCCUCCGGGAGCUGGACUUAUCUCAAAACGCCAUCGAGAGCGUGGAGGCCGGCGCCUUCCAGGGGAUUUCAGAAGGCCUGCGGAGCCUGGAUCUUUCAAACAACCAGCUCAGCAGCCUCCCGAAGGACACGUUCGCCAAGCUCCACGCCCGUAUCCGCCUCUCCCACAACCCCUGGCACUGCGAGUGCUCCCUGCAGGAGGUGCUGAGGGAGCUGAGGCUCGACCCGGAGACCAUCAACGAGGUCAGCUGCUUCACGUCGGUGCAGGAGGAGUACGUGGGACAACCGGUGAUCCAGGUCCUGGACUCGGGCAUCAACUUUUGCAACUUCCACCACAAGACGACCGACGUGGCCAUGUUUGUGGCCAUGUUCUGCUGGUUCUCCAUGGUGACGGCGUACAUCAUCUACUACAUCAGACACAACCAGGAGGACGCCCGGAGGCACAUGGAGUAUUUGAAGUCUCUGCCCAGCACCUCGCACGUCAGCAAGGACUACGACACGGCCAGCAGCGUGCUCUAGAGCGGGUUAGAAAGGACCAGCUCAACCCAUGAACACAGAUGAACGUGCACCAGUGAAUAUGAUAACAGAAUAUAAGGAACAGUGA